AUGUACAAGAUUCUGGCGCUCAAUUGCUUGAUCAGUGCUUACAGCUUGAGUGUAUUGUACUUGGAAGGCAUCAAGUUCGGAGACGGCCAGGUGACGAUCAGCGGCAUGCUCAUGAGCGUCUGCUUUCUCUCUAUCUCACGAGCCAAGUCUGUCGAAGGCCUCUCCAAAGAACGUCCCCAACCCAACAUCUUCAAUCCAUACAUCAUCGGCUCCGUUCUCGGCCAAUUCGCCAUCCACAUUGUCACCCUCAUCUACCUCUCUAAUUACGUUCAGAGUAUCGAGCCCCGAGCCGAGAAGAUCGACCUCGAAGGCGAAUUCGAACCCUCUCUGCUCAACAGCGCCGUUUAUCUGCUCCAACUCAUCCAGCAAAUCUCUACCUUUGCUAUCAACUAUCAAGGUCGCCCCUUCCGAGAAGGUAUCAGCGAGAACCGCGGCAUGUAUUGGGGCCUUAUUCUCGUGUCUGGUGUAGCUUUCUCUUGCUCGACGGAGUUCAUCCCUGAGAUCAACGAGAGGCUGAAACUCGUGCCCUUCAGCACGGAGUUCAAGUUCAUCAUGACCGGUCUUAUGGUCGUUGACUUCGUGGGUUGUUACGUCAUCGAAGUCGUGCUGAAGUAUCUGUACAGUGAUUUCCGACCGAAGGAUAUUGCAGUGAGGAGGGACGAUCAAUUGAGGGCGGAGGAUUCGCGGAAGGCCAAGGAGGCUUAUGAGAAAAUAGAGGACGACAAGAAGAUCGUGAGUAAUGGGGUUGCAUAG